ACAGUACCAAAAUGAAAACAGGAAAAUACACUAUACAUACAAAACAGAAUCAGUACAUUCUGCUCAUUCACAAAUUCACAAACUGCCGUUCAAUCUGUUCGUCGAUCGAUCGAUCAAUCAGCCAAUCAAAUCGCAGCGGGGGAAAAAAUGAGCGGAGCGGCGAAGAAAGUAACCGACGUUGCAUUCAAAAGCGGGAGGAAUAUCGAUUGGGAAGGAAUGGCGAAGCUGCUUGUCACCGACGACGCUCGUCGGGAGUUCGCCACCCUCCGCCGCGCCUUCGACGACGUCAACACCCAGCUCCAAACCAAGUUCAGCCAGGAACCAGAACCCAUAGACUGGGAGUAUUACAAGAAAGGAAUUGGGUCUCGUUUGGUUGAUAUGUACAAGCAAGCUUACGAUGAGGUUAAAAUUCCGAAAUAUGUUGACAAUGUCACUCCUCAGUACAAACCUAAGUUUGAUUCUCUGCUGGUAGAGCUGAAAGAAGCUGAGCAGCAGUCUCUGAAGGAGUCCGAAAGAUUAGAAAAAGAAAUUGUGGAUGUCCAAGAGUUGAAGAAGAAGCUAAGUACAAUGACAGCUGAUGAAUACUUUGCAAAGCAUCCCGAACUCAAGAAGAAGUUUGAUGACGAGAUUCGAAAUGAUUACUGGGGAUAUUAACUGGUUUUGAUCUAAUGUAACACUUUUUCGGAACCAUUUUGAGGUGAACAUUUUUAGUUCAACUGCAAUUUGGAAAUAAAGAGACGAACGGACUUCUUGUCGUUUAGCUUUCCGGGUAUUUUAAAGACUGAAAAUUAAUAAUUGUAUUUUUGAUACUUAUAACAAUUUUGCUAAGAUACGAGUUAACUGCAACUAGGGAUGAAAAUUGGAAUGGAGUUUCCGACUUCCGCUGACUCCAAUUGUUUCCGAUUUUGCAAGAUAAAUGUUUCCAAAUGUAGUUUUUGGAACAAAUUAUAAUAUGGAGGUCUUAUAUUGAAAUGCAAUAUAUUUAGGCCUUGUUUGG